AUGAAUAAAACAUUAUUGGAUUACUUCUCGAAAAACCGGAAAAAGUCAAACAACAAUGAAGGAGAGUCAAGAGAAAGUCAAGAGAGCAUAUCAGAAAUGUCGGUAUCUGGUGAAUCCAUUGAUGAUGACAGCACUAAUACGACUAUCGACGCCGAUCAUGAGCAUCGAGAUUCAAGGAGUGAAGCGCUGCGAGAUACUGGCACGACCGUCACCGUAAUAAGCCAUCCAUCAGGUUUGAAUUUGCAACAUGAAAAUCGUGGGCAAGUCCAGGAGAACAUACAUGGACCUCAACUGCCUCAAAACGACCAUUCUGGAAAACCAAAUUUUUUUGAUAACAAGGAAGGCCCAUGCCAACCGUACUUGAAGGCAUACCCAGGUACAAGUUUCAGAGGUAAAAUACGACGCUUCAAUUCUAACUGGUAUGGCGAAUAUAGGUGGUUGGAAUACAACACGGAUUUGGACGCUUGUUUCUGCUUCCAGUGUAGAGUAUAUUCGCCUAAUCCAACGGAGACCGUAUUUACUAAAAGUGGCUAUCGCGACUGGAAACACGCUAAGGACAAGGCAAAGGGAUUCCAGCAACACCAAUCCUCGAUUGAUCAUUCGAAAGCAACACAGGCUUACGAAGAAGCGAAAAUGCGAAAUGCACGUGGCUGCCCCGUAACAGCAUCUUUUGUAUCAUUAAAUAAUGAUCAGAAGCAAUGGUUAUUUGCUGUUUUUAACGUUUCAAGAUUUUUAUGUGCGAAUGGUCUCGCGUUCCGUGGUUCUGAUGAAUCCGAUAUUGACACAGGAGAUGGCUUGUUUUUAAGAGCUUUUUCUCAACUUCUGUUUCCGCUGGAAGAAAAAUGGAAGAAAAUUCACAAGAAUCUUCCAAAAAACGCUAAGUACACUUCCCAUGACAUACAGAAUGAAGUCAUCGAAGUCUUAGCUUCCUUAGUGAAGACCAAAAUCGCCGAAGACGUGCGAAAGGCAGAACU